UCAGUCAGAUCCCCUCAAUGUGCCUGUCAACAGCUGGCACAGUAACAGCAGCACAAUCGGUCUUAGAAACUCUGCUUGAUUUUAUUUGGGCACAGCAUCAAGUUUAGCUGUGAGUUUUGUUCUACAGACUUUUUUGGUCUUGAUAUAUAGAUUAUUUAAUCUAAGAUCUUAAGAGAUGUGUUGUACAGGAAAGUGUGCGCGGUUAGUAGGUUUGAUUCUGCUGCCCUCAGCGUUUGCAUGCAUGUUAGCCAACCUGCUGCUGUUCUUCCCCAAUGGUGAGCGUCUGGAGAAUAGUCAGAUCUCGACGCAGGUCUGGCUCAUGGGAGGACUGAUCGGUGGAGCACUGUUUAUGCUGUGUCCAAGCUGUUCUGCUAUCAGAGCUGGGGGCAAGGGUUGCUGUGGGAAAGGUUGCUGUGGGAACCGCUGCCGUAUGCUGAAUUCUGUGUUCUCCUCUGCGUUUGGUCUGAUUGGGGCGAUAUACGGCACAAGCGUUGCAUCUGCAGGACUGGCUAUUGGACCAAAAUGCAGAGUGUCUGAUGAGACCUGGAAGUACCCCUUUGAGGACGCACCCCAAGGCACAGUCCCAAAAGUGGAGAGGAUCUGGCUCCUGUAAUCCUGCACAUUGUUAGUCUCUGCCAGCAGGAAGGUGUGUCACAGGAGCCAUGCAGAGGAAAGCUCUCUUGGAGGAGGUAGAGCCUGAAAAGUGUGCCCUAACAAUCCCUCCGGAAUUCACGACAGUCGUGAGGAGUGUGGUCUACAGGUCCUUAUGUUGAAGGUACUCCUCAACAUGAUUCUCCUGUAUCUGUCACCAUACCUUGACCAUAGCCUUCGGUCCGGUCCCUCGGAAGGAGCACAUCGUUCCUAUCCACACCACACCUGUAAGUGGAGUCACAAUCAAUAUGUUGAGGUUGGUUUGAGUGACUACUUUAAAGUCAGUUUAAUUCAGGGUACAUCGCUUCAUGAGCCUCACUAAGCUGUGAUAAAAUAGCGACUGUGAUAGAAUAGCCACUGACCUAUUGUUCCACCUUCUCUACUCCUGGCCGUACCAGGGCACAAUACCUCAGUGAGUGUACCAGCUGGACACAUCACACGUGAGGUACCUGAUGUACAUAUAAUAAUAAAAACCAUUUGCAGCAUA